AUGUCACCAACGUUAACAUCUAUUAAUUCAAUCCCUAUAGAUCAAGCUUUUCCAGGAAACUUUGCGCCCGGUACUGGUAUUAAUGUCUCGCCUUCUACUAUCCAUGGAAUAACAAGUAGUUAUCAAAUAGAUCCUUUUCCAAACUCAGAAAAAAACCGUAAUCAUUAUGAUAGCCGUAAUGGAGCAAAGAUAAAAUAUUUAAUCAUGCAUUAUACUGUUGAUGACUUUGCUUUAUCGGUAGAUAAAUUUACUGCUAAUGUGGAUCACGGGCGUACUAGCGCUCAUUUUAUUAUCACUGAAAAAGCUGAAAAGAAAGUUGAAGGCGGUAAAUUAUUGCAGGUGGUACCCGAAGAUAUGAGAGCUUGGCAUGCAGGAGUAAGUGGCUGGCAACAAGAUAAAAACCUUAAUGCAGUAUCCUUAAGUAUUGAGCAUGUGAAUAGAGGAUUUACUGAAGGAGAAGAGGAAGAAGAAAUAGCUAGCAAUAGAAAAUAUUAUCCUUUUGAUAAAGAACAAAUUUGUACUUCUGGAGUGAUAAGUAAGGAUAUAAUAGCUCAAUAUAAUAUACUACUCAACAUGGAGAUCUCUUUGCAAUUAACUACUGGUAUUAAGUUUUUAUUGAAGAAAAAUAAAGUUACUGUAAUUGAAGGUUCUGCUACUUUAGAACCAAAUAAAAUAUUAAAUAUUGAUAAUAAUGGGCAAAAAAGCUCUAUUAAAGCAACUAAUAUAAUAAUUGCCACCGGCGCAAGGGCUCGAACCUUAGAAGGUUUUAAACCCGACGGCCGGCAAGUUAUUACUUCUAAAGAAGCCUUGGUACUGGAUAAAUUACCUAAAUCAUUGAUUAUAGUUGGCUCGGGAGCUAUAGGAGUAGAAUUUGCCUCAUUUUAUAAUGGCCUUGGAUGCCAGGUUACUUUGAUUGAAGCGCAAAAUAGAAUUCUACAAGCUGAAGAUACAGAAAUCUCUUUAUUAGCACGAAAAAUUUUUGAAAAGAAGGGCAUCAAAAUUCAUACUAGUACAAAAUUAUUAAGUUGUAUCAAAAAUACAGGCCAUAUCACCCUAGAAGUAGAAAUAAAUGGAACUAUCCAAAAAUUAGAUGCAGAAAUUUUGCUUAUGGCAGUUGGGAUAGUAGGCAAUACCGAAAAUCUUAAUUUAGAGCGAACCAAAAUUAAAAUAGAGAAAGGGCAUAUUAUCACUAACCAGUUUAUGCAAACUGAUGAAGCAGGAAUUUACGCAAUAGGAGACGUUACUAAAGCCCCAUGGCUUGCCCAUAAAGCUAGCCAUGAAGGGAUUAUUGCCGCUGAAACUAUUGCUGGUAUUAAAACUCCCCCUAUUAACUAUACCAACAUAGCUGGCUGCACUUAUUCUUUUCCCCAGAUAGCUAGUGUUGGUCUUACUGAAGAAGCAGCUAAAAAAGCAGGUUAUCAGAUACAGGUUGGUAAGUUUCCAGCUAGUGCUAAUGGUAAAGCAUUAGUGGACGGUUAUAAUGAAGGGAUCAUUAAAACGAUUUUUGAUAAAAAAACAGGAGAAUUACUCGGAGCGCAUUUAAUCGGAGAAGAGGUGACCGAGCUAAUUCAAGGCUAUGUAAUUGCCAAAACUAUGGAAGCGGUAGAAGUUGAUUUAAUGAAUACCAUCUUUCCUCAUCCAACUUUAUCCGAAAUGAUGGGAGAGGCAGUCAUGCAAGCAUAUGGAAGGGCCAUUCAUGUAUAA